CCCGCCCGCCUUCCUAUAGUGUCACCCGAAUCUACCGGUGGGAAUAAUACAUUUGACACUCUUCUUCGUAUUCAUCAACACCACCUGAGCCAUAAGCGUCACCGCCUCCUCUCUCAGUCUGAGAAACUGGCUAUUACUCAACUCUCAAUCUCUGGAUCUUUCGGCAGUGUUGCCUCGAGUGCGCCCCAAAAUAACACAUCCCGGCCCAUCUUUGACCUGAGGUCUCUUACACGUGUACUCCCUACUCACUGGUUCCAAGCAUUGCCCACCACCUUAGGUUCAGUACAAGCCAAUUUAGACCGCUCUCACCCCACUACCAGCCGGACAAUGGCCCAUAAGAUACUGGACUUCCACACCCUUUCUUUCAACCCACCCAACCGGGCUGAUUUUCGCCGUGGCCCUGGAUGCCUCGAUGGUUGUCUUGCGUUGAUCUGA